AUGUUGCUAGAUAUCGAGAGCGCUCAGUCACCAGUGACUGUUUACCUCACUGGUAUCUUUACGUUUUUCUUAGCCUUCUUGACUUAUCUCUCUUAUACUCCAAGUGUGAACAAGAAGUCGCCGGUGUUUACAUCCUACACGACUCCUUUCAUUGGUUCCUGGGGUUUCUUUACUGAGAAAUGGCACUUCUGGCAAAGGGCCACGAGAGGGUCCAGGACUAGAAAUUUUAGUUUCUGGCUGGGAAAAAAUCAUAUCGUCGGAUUGAGUGGCGAGUCUGCUCGUAAGAUGUUCCUGGACCACCCGAACAUGGAUUUCGUGUCUGGGGCAAAGCUCGUGGGGCAUGGUGUCGACUUCAUUCCACCUAUUCAUCCUAUAUAUUCGCCGAACGUUUUCCCAAAUGGUCGUAGCUGGUUUCAGCGCCGUCUACUUGACCUUCAGAAGUCAGAUCAACUCGCCAGACGCCUCCCUUACUUGCGGAGGGACGCCCGUACUGCAUUUGAAAAGAUGGCUGAAGACCCCAGUGGAGUCACGAACCCAUCGUUCGCAUGCUAUCAAAUUGUUGUCUCUCAGGCUGCCCGAGUUAUCUUCACCAAUGAAAUUUCGGAUGACCCUAGGCGAUUGGCUGAUUUGGUGCACACUUUGUCUCAAGUAAUGUCGACUAGCAGCCUCCAUAGCGUGGCGGUCCCCUGGCUUCCAUCAUUUCCAUACCUGAAACGCAAAUACUUGCGGUAUCGAAUGAAUAGUCUUGUGGAACCAAUUGUUAACCGGCGGUUCCAGAAAGGCGCUCCUCGCGAGGACGACGCUUUGCAAAUGUUUCUUGAUAACCGCGAUCGGAUUGAUUAUAUUAUUUACUUCAUGAUUAGUGCUCUUUUUAUUUCCACUGCGAAUCCUGGUAUCCUAACCGGAUCCAUGCUGAAUAUAGUCGCCCACCAUCCGGAAUGGCAGGACAAAAUCUAUAACGAGAUCAAGGCCGCUGCCGCUAUUCACUCCAAGAAUAGACAUGCUCCUCUGGUAGACCAACUUGAUUCAAUUCCACUCGAAGCAUGGGAAACAUCGAUACCAUCUCUAGAUCUAUGUUUCAAGGAGGCUAUCCGUAUGUGGGUUGGGUUUCCAAUGAUCCGACUCAACAUGUCUUCUGACCCCCUCCCGAUCCCUGGUACCAAUGAGGUCAUUCCUGCCAACACCUUUGUAGCCUAUAACUGCACAGAGGUACAUUACAAUGAGGAACUGUAUCCCAAUCCAGAAAGAUAUGACCCAGACCGGUUUCGUGAAGGGCGUGAAGAGUUCAAAAAACAGAAUUAUGGUUUUGUCGGCUGGGGACAGGGUCGUCAUCCCUGCCUGGGCACGCGCUGGGCCAAGUUGCAGGAAAACAUCAAUAUGGCUUACGCUCUAGCCAUUUUCAAGUGGAGUGGCUGUGAUGAAAAUGGGAACCCUAACCCCGACUUCAGCCGCAACACGGAUUUGAAUUCGCUUGCUCCCACUUUGCCUCAGGGACUUUACUGUAAGCAUGUUCCUAGAGAGGAAAUAUAG